GAUGGAUUGUCAGCUAUCUGAUUAGUUGCAUUAUGUCUGUUAGAGCAGGAGGACUUCCGAGACCAGCACUGGGAACCUGCGCUCUAUAAUAACUGUAUCAGUAUCACCCGGUCUCGUGAAGGGUGCCAAUAAUUCUUGACUUACCUGUAAAAUGUAACUUAAACCCACAGUGCUGAAUGCAAAUGAAUCUGGGUGGUCGACAACCACUGGCUUCUCUCCAACCCGCUUCAUCUUAUUAUAAUGGGCCGUUUGACGCACCGCUCCUCGUGUCGGGUAACGCAGUUGCGCGCGCGCGCCGCGGUGUGUGUGUCGUUUUCGGGGAUGCUUUCUAAGGACAGGACGCACACGCGCACAUACACACACACACACACACAUGCACAGAAAGUAAUAAUCCAGGACAAACAUCCAAGCAGGUGCUGAAAGUCUUGGACCGGACCUCGGAAAAAGAAUAAAGAAACAGAAAAGCAUCUGAAGAACUUUCACACCAGCGAUGCACGUGCCAUUGCAAUAGAACUUGAGGUAAGGAGGAGACUGUCUCUCUCUCACGCGGUCAUGGCGUGUCCUCUCCUCCUGCGCCUCCUCGUCCUGUCCGUGUGCGUGUGCGGCAGCGUCGAGGUGAACACCAGUGCAAAGCGGAGCUGUAUGGACAAGGUGGAGUGCGCCAACGGGAUUCUACUUCCUGUUUGGCUCCCUCACAACCCGCCGCUGCCCCAGCAGGUGAUUCGUGCGAUCAUCUAUUUCCUGUCUCUCCUCUACAUGUUCCUGGGGGUAUCUAUCAUCGCUGACCGCUUCAUGGCCGCCAUUGAGGUUAUCACCUCGCAGGAGAAAGAGGUGACCAUUACAGGGCCAAACGGUGAACAGACAGUGACGACGGUGCGGAUAUGGAACGAAACCGUAUCCAAUCUCACUCUGAUGGCCCUCGGCUCUUCUGCUCCAGAGAUCCUGCUGUCAGUUAUAGAGGUGUGUGGGCACGGCUUCAAAUCGGGCGAACUCGGGCCUGGGACGAUCGUGGGCAGCGCUGCCUUUAACAUGCUCGUGAUCAUCGCAAUCUGUGUGUUUGUGAUCCCGGACGGUGAAGUGAGGAAGAUCAAACACCUGCGCGUGUUCUUCAUCACCGCCUUCUGGAGCAUCUUCGCGUACAUUUGGCUCUAUCUUAUCCUCUCCGUCAUAUCCCCAGGCAUUGUCCAGGUAUGGGAAGCCCUGCUGACGCUCUUGUUCUUCCCUGUGUGUGUCCUGAUGGCAUGGAUCGCAGACCGGCGGCUUCUCCUCUACAAAUAUCUUCAUCGACGUUACCGCACUGACAAGCACCAUGGCAUCAUUGUGGAGACAGAGGGUGAUCUGGCGCUCAAUGGCAUUGAUGUCAUCAUGGAGGGGAAACUCCAUGGCAAUGCCAAUGGUGGUCCUAGCAACAGUGCCAGCAACGUCACCAGCACAGAGACAAGCAAAGACCCUGAGCAGGAUCGUGAGGAGGUGAUCCGGAUGCUGCGUGACCUGAGGCAGAAACAUCCAGAUAAAGACUUGGACCAGUUGAUCGAGAUGGCCAACUACUCAAACUUGCAGAAGCAACCCAAGAGUCGAGCAUUUUACCGCGUACAAGCCACACGCAUGAUUAUCGGAGCUGGAAACGUGUUAAAGAAGCAUGCUGCAGCAGAACAGGCCAAACGUGCAGGCCCGAACGCUAGCCCCAAUGAUGACUUGAUGACUUGCUCACAUGUGGCCUUAGAGCUGGAUCACUACCGCUGCAGCGAAAACUGCGGCCAACUGAUCGUAUGGGUUAUACUGUCGGGGGGCUGUGGCUCCAAAACAUUCCAAGUGGACUACAGGACUGAAAAUGGCUCGGCCAAAGCUGGAGUGGAUUAUGAUUACUGUGAGGGAACGCUGGAGUUUCAACCUGGAGACACACGCAAAGAGAUAAAGAUUGGUAUCAUAGACGAUGAUGUUUUCGAAGAAGAUGAGUAUUUCUUUAUCCGUCUCUCAAACCUGCGUGAGCCGGGGGUCGAUGCCACAGAGGCUGCCCGUUUGGUUGAACCACUGGUCGCCACGGUAACGAUUCUGGACGAUGAUCACGCUGGUGUCUUUUCGUUCGGGCAGCGCGAGCUCCUCGUUUCCGAGUGUGCGGGUGUCGCCGAAGUAACCGUCAUUCGGGAGACGGGAAGCCGGGGCACUGUGGUCAUACCGUAUCACACUGAGGAUGGAACAGCGCACAGCGGAGUCGACUACCAACAAACACAGGGGGAACUGGAGUUCAGUAAUGAGGAGAGCAGUAAGACAUUACAGGUGCCAAUCAUCAAUGUCCAGGAAUAUGAUAAGCGAGAAAACUUUUUCAUCGUCCUUGAAGAACCUCGGUGGCUCAAGAGAGGAAUUUCAGAUUUGUUGUUGAAUCAGGGUGCUCCCAGUGCUGAACAGGAGGAGGCGAGAAAGAUCGCUGAGAAGGGACGGCCGGUUCUGGGGGAACAGAGCAGGCUAGAGGUCAUUAUUGAAGAGAGCAUGGCCUUUAAGAUCCGCCAGGGAAUGGCCCCCAAUGGCACGAUAGACCCGGUAGACAAGGCUCCACCCCUCUGCAUGAGAAGUGUUCAUGGAUUGGUAGAUAGUUUUUUGAACACUGUGGAUCGUCUGUUAAAAGACACUAACCUGGCUGAAGUGAUUGGAACACACUCAUGGAAAGAACAAUUCAUUGAAGCGGUUACUGUCAGUGCAGGAGAGGGCGAUGAGGAGGAAGGGGCUGAGCCACGCCGGCCGUCCUGCUGUGAUUACUUCAUGCACGUGAUGACGGUGUUCUGGAAGCUGACAUUCGCCUUUGUCCCUCCCACUGAGUACUGGAACGGCUGGGCCUGCUUCAUCGUCUCAAUCCUCGUCAUCGGCUUCCUCACGGCCGUCAUCGGAGACCUGGCGUCUCACUUCGGCUGCACCGUGGGACUGCGGGACACCGUCACUGCUGUGGUGUUCGUCGCCCUCGGCACGUCCAUCCCAGAUACCUUUGCGAGUAAAGUCGCGGCGGUUCAGGAUCAGUACGCUGACGCUUCGGUGGGAAACGUGACAGGCAGCAAUGCUGUGAACGUCUUUCUGGGGAUCGGCGUGGCCUGGUCCAUCUCUGCCAUCUACUGGGAGGUCAAAGGUCAGGCUUUCCACGUGGAGCCGGGUUCGCUGGCCUUUUCCGUCACGCUCUUCACCAUCUGCGCCUUCAUCAACAUGGGCGUGCUCAUGCUGCGGCGGCGCCCCUCUGUGGGCGGAGAGCUAGGUGGACCCAAAGCCAUCAAGAUCCUCACGUCCACGCUGUUCAUUGGCCUGUGGCUCCUCUACAUCACCUUCUCCAGCCUGGAGGCAUACUGUCACAUCACAGGCUUCUGAGAAAACGCACUUUCCAUCAGGAAGACUGAGCCGAGAAGCCUUCUUCACCAUCAUCUUCUUCAUCUUCAUCUACAGCAGUGGAUAAACUCUGACACUUUAAUUUAUAACCUGUUCUAACAGGACACUGUCAUCCAUUAGAAGAAGACGAACAAUCCUAAACAACCAAAGCAGAAUAUUUCACAUGACUGAUAUUUACACUUGAACGUGAACUGAUGGACUGAACGAAUGAAAGCACUGAAUGAAAGAACAAAUGAAUGGAACUUGCGAAUAAUGAUUUCUUUGAUCAUGCAUGAUGUAUGUAAUAUUUACUCUUUUAAAUGGCACUAAACACAUGUCAGCAUUAUUAACUACUACUAGAAAUUGUUUCCUCUUCCCAGAUACUCUGGUAAAUUGUUAUAAGACUUUGGAGAACAUUUUAACCCAGUAGCUCGUGUUGUUUUUAAUUAGAAAUAACACAUAGUGUACACCUUGUGAUUCUGAUUCAUGGAAUCAUCUUAAUAGAGAAUCGUGAUUUUACACUAACCAGGGGCUGGAAGGCGUGUCUAGUCCAGAUAUUAUAAUAUUGUUUCUAGUUAAUUAGCAUUAAUGCAGAUUCUUCUGGAUAACAUGAAAUAUGGUGUCCCACAAGGUUCUGUUCUAGGUCCCUUAUUGUUUUUCUUUUAUAGCCCACACCUUCUUUUUCUCCUAAUUUUCUGAAAUUUUUUCUUAAUUUUUGUCUUCUCUCUCUCUCUGUCUCUCUCUCUCUCUCUUUCAUCUCCUCUAUUUCAUUCUCCCUUUACUUCCAUCCUCCAUUCACUUUCCCCAUUUAUUCACUAUAUCAUAUUUCUCCUUCCCUGUUCUCCCUUUCCCAUAUCCCAUGGAUCUCAUUUUUAAGAUGGUUGCUAGUUGAUAAACAUUAAUGGAGAGGCUUCCAGUAUGGUCAGAAAGGUAUCCUUGAAGUAUCCUUCAAGGUUCUAUUUUAGGCUCCUUGUUGAUUACUUAUAUUUCUUAUAUUUAUUUUUUAAUUUGCAAACAUGACAUUGGCUUUCAUGAUUCUGACGAUAAAAAUUGUAAUAAAUAUCAAAAUGUAGCAGUGCAGCUACACAAAAUGGAAGACUUUUUUUAAAUUAUACUGAAACAAACAAAUAUAUAUAUAUUGUUGAGUACCAAGACUGCCUACCCUACUUGACUGCUGUUGUAGCUACAGUUAAGGACCUUGACACAGGUUUAUCAUUUGGUUUGUAUGUAAAUAAAAUCACAUAUUAUCAUUUGCUACACUGUGUAAUCAUAAUAACCUCCAGAUUAGACUGUUGCUGCUGCGUCUCGAAGUACACUUACGGCUUUAUAAUGAAAAUAACAUCUAAGGUGACGUAUUGCUAUAACGUUUUUUUUCUCAGAACUGUGUAAUGGAUAUUCUAAAGAUGUACAACACAUACUGAGCACUUCAAUUCACCAUGUGGUGUGUUUUACUGGUCUCCUAAAGCACUAUACCCCUGGAUAUUAUUUGCAGUGGAGGGCAGUUGUACUGUCAAAGGAACAUUCGUUUAGAUUAGUCUUUUUUUUUUCUUCAAGAUCUCUCCAACAAGUAAUUUACAAAUACAAAAUCACAUAUUGCACCUUUAAAUCACAGCCAAGUCGUUUUUUUUCUUUCCCUCAGAUAUGAGUUAAGGACACUCUAUAGGUGUAGCUUCUUCUUCUUUCGGCUUUUCCCUUCAGGGGUCUCCACAGAGAAUCAUCUCCCUCCACCUACCCCUAUCUUCUGCAUCCUCAACACUUGCACCCACUAGCUUCAUAUCCUUAUUUAUUACAUCCAUAUACCUCCUCUUUGGCCUUCCCCUUUGCCUCCUUCCUGGCAGCUCCAUGUCCAACAUUCUCCUACCGAUAUACUCACUCUCCCUCCUCCGGACAUGUCCAAACCAUCUUAAUCUGGCCUCUCAAACUUUGUCCCCCAAACAUCCAUCCUCUGUUGCUGUAUCUUUUGUUGCUUAUCUGUCUUUUGCAAUACAGAAAAUAGAAAAUAGUUGGCUUAUACUCUUGCCGGUCUUUCAUUUUAUUUCAAUAUACUUUUAAUUGUCUGAUAAAUCUGAGAAGGCAAUAACAAUUGCAGAUGUAACUUUCAAUCAUUUAAUCCUCUAACCGGUUUCAAUAUAUAUUAUAAAGCACUCUAACUAAAAAGUGCUAUAUAACACAUCAGACUCAUGUUUCUUCUUCAUUUUUGACAUAAUAUCACGACAUGGGGUUUGAAGUAAUGG